AUGUUUGCUGUUCUGCAAGGCUUCAAGCAAAUGCUCAAACUCACCAAAAGGCAAUGGAGCUGCCCCCAAAUCCAUCCGCAUCCUGUGGAAGAGGGAAAUCUUGAGGAUCCUCCUAAGCCUGCCAGACUGAAGAGAAUUGUCCAUUGGACCAGGGCCCAAGAUCUCCACUGCACAGACACUCUCGUGACCCACCUCACCACUAAUCCUUCCAAUGCAUGCACUCUUUUCUACAAGGGGAAAAAGACCACCAGUUCUAGCACUGAGGAGCAUCCCUCUGGCAGGGACAAAGGGGACAUCCAUCAGAUCUUGUCAAAGCUGAUCUUCAAGAAUGACUCCAAAUAUUCAGCAUUAUAUGCUGAGGACCCGAAAAAAUUUGAUGUAUCAGUGGCAACCACUGCACCACAUAAGAAGUUGUUUAGGGAUCAGCACAAUAAGUUCAACAAGACCGGCGCUGGCAUCACCCCACUUGAUGAACAUGCAGCCACCAAUCUUCACAAACAAGUACUACUCAAGUCCCCUUGGUAUGACCAGCUCCACCCAUUCCUCUUCUCAAAUCCAACAAUCGGUGUGAAGAUCUUCACCUCCCAGCCAGAAGUUGACCACACCACAAAUUACUACUCACUCGUUUGUCCACAUGGGGGGGCUGGUCCCUCUACAAACCCACCCAGUCCUCAGCUCCCUCAGCUCCAUCCUCAAAACCCUCAGCCCCAUCCCCCAGACCCCCAGCCACUUCCCCCAGACCCUCAGCUCCCUCUCUGGAGCCCACCUGACACUAGCACUCAGUGUGUUCCUCUAAGCAUUCAGCCCUGUCCCAUGGGCGCUCAGCACACCCCUCCAAGUACUCUGCAUCCCCCCCCUCCUCAUUUUUCCAGCACUGGGGGCAGUCCAAUUGACAAUCCAGAUGGUGACCUUGAUGAUGACCCCCACACCAAUGAAAACAAUCCUUUUUUUGCCCCCCUUGGCAACACACUGGGUAUGUUGGGCAGGGGGGACGUUGACAUGGACAAUGACAAUGGGAUGGAGCUUGAUUCCUCCCAUCAUCGUGUCAUUAGCCUUGACAGUCCCCCAAGCGGCAAAGCCCCAGACACCAACACACCACAGUUGCAAGGUAUUUGGCUCAGCUCCCUUCCCCUCUCCUCAUGA